AUGGCUCCAUCGAUUAAAAACGAUGAUCACAUAUCAAACACAGUUAAUAAUAUGGGCUCGUACCGCACAUUAAGGGGUCGAGUGAAUGGUUUAAGAUAUUCUCCGAAUGCACAACUGAUGCCAUGCUCGGAGUUAGCUGGAUUCAGGUUAGCAGCAUUGAUCCAGACGUUUGAUUUGCGGUACGAUUUAAUAUCCGCAUUAGUCGAGCGUUGGCACCUGGAGACCCACACUUUCCAUUUGCCGUGUGGGGAGUGCACUGUCACUCUGGAGGAUGUUGCAUUGCAACUUGGGCUCCCAAUCGAUGGGAGUGCCGUAACAGGCAUAAGUGUGAUAGCUGAGUCGGCUGCCCUUUAUUAUAGCCUACUAGGAGCCUCGUCUGUCGAUGAUGAGUCCAAUUUUACGGGUUUGAAAUUUACAUGGCUGCAAGCCAAUUUUGAACAUUUAUCAGUUAAUGCCACUGAGGAUGAGUUGAUGUGCGCAGCUCGAGCGUACAUUAUGCAUAUUAUAGGGGGUGUACUGAUGCCCGAUGCGAAUAAAAACAGGGUUCAUUUGAUAUAUUUACCCCUAUUAGCUAAUUUGCAGAAUGUUCACUCGUAUAAUUAUGGUUUCGCAGUUCUGGCUAUAUUGUAUCGUGAGUUUUUUCGGACGACAAAGCCUGAUGCCAUAGACAUAGGUAGAUGCCUUGUAUUGCUGCAGUCAUGGGCUCUUUACCAGAUGCCAUUCUUGGCAUCAGUUAGGCACCAACCAUAUGUAUUUCCACUAGUGAAUAGGUGA